AAAAAAAUAAAAACCCAGUAUGAUGAAAUUACAGAAACGACCUUCAGAAUCUCUCCUAUACCCUUCAUCGUGCUCUGCCAUAGUUUCUGUUGGAGGACUGAUCUGAUCCACCAACCGUGGGACUAGAUUGGGGGCUCUGGGUGGGCGGCAGACUUGUUAUUUGGAGCUUGCGGCUGUGAACGUUGACCUGUUUUGCGUAGAGUUAGUGAUAGGAGAGAGGCUGUUCUGUUCUUUAAAUUUUGAUCAUCAAAGACAUGAAGACUUAAAAUAAAUUAGUUAAGUUGCUGUUGAGAAAAAGAAAACUCAUUCUCUAGUAAAGGAGGAUGAGGGGGGAUGUUGUUGACGCCUUGAAAAAAUGCGCGGAGGCGCUUCAACAUGGGAAUUCGAGACUUGCAAAUGCAGAGAUGGGAAGAGUUCUUGAUCUUGCUGGAAAGGAAACGGAGCCUAGAACUAGAAGAUUGAUCAGAUAUUUUGCACAAGCUCUCGCUUGCCGAGCCUAUGGACUUCAUCCUAAAUGUUUUUCAUUCCAAACACCUGACUGGAAGUAUAGCAUGUGUGAAGGGUAUGGCCUUUUUCAUACUGUAGGUUGGGCUAUUGAAGAUGUCGUCAAGGGGAAACGCAAGGUCCAUGUUAUUGAACUUGUCAAGCACAUGAAUGGUUAUGAGCAAUGGGCAUCCUUUUUUUAUGGGUUUUAUGACUUGGGUGACCUGACGCAUUUAAGGUUAAGUUUCCUUGUACAAGAAAAUAUUGAAUUUUCAAAAGAAAGUGAGGAGAAACUUAUUCGGGCUUCUAGCCAUCUCCGCAUUGGGUUGGAAUAUAAGAUUUUUUCUGUUAACAGUUUCGCUGACAUUGAUGUGACUUUGCUGGAGUUGCAGGAUGGCGAGUUUGUGGUUGUGAAUUGCAUGUUUGUAUUCAGCAAAAUGUUAUCAGAGGCGUUAGCUCUGGAGAAGCUGUUAUUAACGGUGAGGGAUGUCAUGAAAGCGGAUAUUAUGAUUGUUGCAGAGCAUGAUGCUAACCUCAAUCAGUCUAAUUUUCUAUUGCGGUUUGAUGAAUCACUAGAGUAUUACUCUUCUGCAUUCCAAGACCUAAAUGAAUAUGAAUAUGAUUAUGACUUAGAGAUUGAGGUGUAUUAUAGAUAUCAAAUAUGCAACAUGGUGGCAUGUAAGGGUAGUAACAGGGUGGAGCGGCACCAGACGUGGGCUCAAUGGAAAUCCUCACUUUUUCGUUAUGGAUUUUCUAUUUUUAAUCUUUCUACUGAUUUCGCUGAAGGUCAUUUUUGGGUGAAGUGGGAAAAUGGUAUUUUUGUGAUCGUAAGUGCUAGACCAGAGAAGCAGCCAUUAAUUUUCGUUUCUGCUUGGACAACAUCAACAUUCCCCUUCAAAUCAUCAGGCUCUAAUGAAGUUUCAUGUGUUGCUAAAGUAAUAGAGAAGAGCUCACGAUGUAGUGAUAUUGAUGUCUAAUUUCUUAAGAAAAAAUAAUAAUUUUUUACAGCAUUUUUUGAUUUAGUGGUUUGAGUUGUAAUUUCAUUAAACCACCUCAAUUUCUGCCUAAUCAACUAAAUUUUCUUGA